UUGUCUCUUCGACUGUAGAGGCAUUACAAUUUUGCUUGGCGUUACUCAAAAGCAAAAGAAAAGUAAAAGAAGGAAGUAACAACAAGGAAAAGAUUGUAUUGAUUUUAAAAUCAUGCAAAAACUGCAAAUCUAUGUUUAUAUUUACCUGUUUAUGCUGAUUGUUGCUGGUCCAGUGGAUCUAAAUGAGAACAGCGAGCAAAAAGAAAAUGUGGAAAAAGAGGGGCUGUGUAAUGCAUGCACUUGGAGACAAAACACUAAAUCUUCAAGAAUAGAAGCCAUAAAAAUUCAAAUCCUCAGUAAACUUCGGCUAGAAACAGCUCCUAACAUCAGCAAAGAUGCUAUAAGACAACUUUUGCCCAAAGCUCCUCCACUCCGGGAACUGAUUGAUCAGUACGAUGUCCAGAGAGAUGACAGCAGUGAUGGUUCCUUGGAAGAUGAUGAUUAUCAUGCCACGACAGAAACAAUCAUUACCAUGCCUACAGAGUCUGAUCUUCUAGUGCAAGUGGAAGGAAAACCCAAAUGUUGUUUCUUUAAAUUUAGCUCUAAAAUACAAUUCAAUAAAGUAGUAAAGGCCCAACUGUGGAUUUAUCUGAGGCCCGUCGAGACUCCUACAACGGUGUUUGUGCAAAUCCUGAGACUCAUCAAACCCAUGAAAGACGGUACAAGGUAUACUGGAAUCCGAUCUCUGAAACUCGACAUGAACCCAGGCACUGGUAUUUGGCAGAGCAUUGAUGUGAAGACAGUGUUGCAAAAUUGGCUCAAACAACCUGAAUCCAACUUAGGCAUUGAAAUCAAGGCUUUAGAUGAGAAUGGUCAUGAUCUUGCUGUAACCUUCCCAGGACCAGGAGAAGAUGGGCUGAAUCCAUUUUUAGAAAUCAAGGUAACAGACACACCAAAAAGAUCCAGAAGAGAUUUUGGACUUGACUGUGAUGAGCACUCAACGGAAUCUCGAUGCUGUCGUUACCCUCUAACUGUGGAUUUUGAAGCGUUUGGAUGGGAUUGGAUUAUUGCACCCAAAAGAUAUAAGGCCAAUUACUGCUCUGGAGAGUGUGAAUUUGUAUUUUUACAAAAAUAUCCUCAUACUCAUCUUGUACACCAAGCAAACCCCAGAGGUUCAGCAGGCCCCUGCUGCACUCCCACAAAGAUGUCUCCAAUUAAUAUGCUAUAUUUUAAUGGCAAAGAACAAAUAAUAUAUGGGAAAAUUCCAGCCAUGGUAGUAGAUCGCUGUGGGUGCUCAUGAAAUUUAUACUUAGUUAAUAACUUCCUAAAACAUGGAAGGCCUUCCCUGCAACAAUUUUGAAACUGUGAAAUUAUGUACCACAGGCUACAAGCCUAUAGUAUGCUACAGUCAUUUAAGCGUAAAUUACAGUAUAUAAACUAAAAGAGAGAAUAUAUGCAAUGGUUGGCAUUUAACCAUCAAAAUAAAUCAUACAAUAAAAAGCUUUAUGAUUUCCAGAGCUUUUGGAGUA